AUCAGGUCCGAAUCCACCCACAAAUGGUAGAAUCCAAGCCCUUUUGAUACGGCAGGUCCAUCCCCCGGACUCUCACUUCCAAUUCGAGAAUGCCGACGAACUAAGAACAAAAAGCUGCAAAAACCGCCGCGCAAAAGCGCGUGGGAUCAGCUGCCGACGGCGUUCCCAUUAGUGGCGCUCAGCUCAUCAGUCAUCACCGAAGCUUCUCCGUCUCCAUUGACGGCGAAAACGAAACCCUAAGAGAGAGAAGCUAGAUUGGUCGUUAAUGGCGGGGGGCUCGGCGUCUUUGGGGGGAGUGAGCCCUGGCCUCGUGAGGGCCGUCCUGUUGUUGAUGGGGCUCGGCCUCGCUGGGUAUAUUGUCGGCCCCCCUCUCUACUGGCACCUCGCCGAAGCCCUCGGUCGCUCCUCCGCCUGUUCCCCUUGCGUCUGCGACUGCUCCUCCCAGCCCCUCCUCUCCAUCCCCGAGGAAUUAAGCAAUAUCUCAUUUACAGAUUGUGCAAAACGUGACCCAGAGGUUAGUGAAGAAAUGGAUAAGAAUUUUACAGACCUCCUUGCAGAGGAAUUGAAGUUAAGAGAAGAAGAGGCAACAGAAGCACAUCAUCAUGCUGAUGCGACAUUGCUCGAGGCCAAAAAAUUGGCUUCACAAUAUCAAAAGGAAGCUGACAAGUGCAGUUCAGGAAUGGAUACCUGUGAGGAAGCAAGAGAAAGAGCAGAGGCUGCACUCUUGGAACAAAAGAGAUUGACUGCAUUGUGGGAAGUGAGGGCUCGGCAAUGGGGAUGGAAAUUAGGGAAUGCCAAAUCUCGAUGAGAAAUUUGUUGUUCAGUUCAGACUUUGUUUUGUGAAUUAGGAUGCAUGAUAUUUAAUCAAAGACAUCAGCUGGAGUUCUCACUGAGGUUGCUUCUCAAAGAGGGCAGCACUAAUGAGAAAUUGGUCAUUCAGUAUAACUGAUUGGAAAAGAAUCCGCAACAUCCUUUAUCUCAAUGUUGUUGGUAUAAGAAGUAGAAUGGUGCCUUGAUCUUUGAUGGAAAAUUGUUUGUGCAUAAUGAGGCCUCCUAGUGUGUAAUUCAUGUUUCAACCUCUCUCAUUCCAUUGUAUUGGUUAACAAGACAGACUUUCCAGUUAUCUGCCUUGUGCUCCUAUACCGUACUGCAACAGUACUUGAUCUGCUUAAGCUAAUGAAUUGCAUCUUCAUGUCUAUGCAUUGGUUUAA